AUGGUUUCAGGAGGCAAUGACAAGAAUACACCCGCGGUAGUCUCUUUGGCAGCCGGCGGCAUUGCUGGCGGUGUGGAAGGCUUUCUUUCGUACCCUCUAGAGUUCGCGAAAACGCGUGUACAGUUGAGAGCUGAGAAAGGCGUUCCGACACCGCGGAAUCCUUUCCUCGUCGUGACUCAGGUCUAUCAAAAGGAGGGAAUCAAAGCGCUUUACAAAGGCUGCGGAGCCCUGGUCUUUGGUUCAGUAGGCAAAGAUGCCGUUCGCUUUCUCUUCUUCGACCAGAUUAAGUCAUCCUUCGCAGACCCGGAUACUGGCACACUGUCCCCUCUUCGCAAUCUGUUGGCCGGCAUGACUGCUGGGGUAGUCGCAUCGAUCACUGCAGUCACACCUACCGAGCGCAUCAAAACGGCACUUAUUGAUGACGCCAGAAACGAAAAACGUUUUCGCUCCGGUUUCCAUGCAACUACAACGAUCUGGAAAGAGCACGGUAUACUCGGUCUUUACCGUGGGUUCGCAGGUACCACCCUCAAACAAGCAUCAGCGACAGCAUUCCGGAUGGGAACGUACAAUAUUCUCAAAGACUUUGAGAAGACCAAGAACAUCGAACAGAACACUGCUGUUAAUUUUGCAAACGGAUCGGUAGCAGGCGUCGUGACGACCCUCUCUACGCAGCCUUUUGAUGUUAUCAAGACGAGAUCACAGAGCGCAAAAGGUACAAGCACUGCCGAGGCUGUAAAGAGUGUAUUGUUGGAUUAUGGUAUCAAAGGAUUCUGGAAAGGCACAACGAUGAGAUUGGGGCGCACCGUGUUUAGUGGUGGCAUACUAUUCACGAGCUACGAGGCUGCUGUGAAGAUCAUCUUGCCGCUGUAUCCUGGCAUGGAGCAAGCCGAAGCAUUAUAG